AUGAAAAUAUUUUCAAUACGAUUAGUCAGUCAUAUACGCUGUUCGGAAAUGAUUGUGCUUGUGAUAUCCGUGUUCUGGUCUACCAUGGCCUCCAUAGUGUUCUUGGUGACGUGGUACCUCAUCCCCCAAUGGCGUAAUCUGCACAACUACAUCAGUGGACAUCAAAUCGUGACAGGAACAUUGCAUUUAUACUCUAUCUUAAUAAACAGACUGUUUUUUGAUGGGCACAACUCCAUAUCCAUUGCCCUUAACCAAUAUUUGUUCAUGAUAACUCUAACUUGGUCUCUGUGUGCAUCGCUGUUCGCCUAUUUGAAGCUAGUUCUAGUAUUUAUACAAACUAUACCAUUUGAAAAGGCAAAAGCGACUAUUUUCGCUUAUGGCGCCAUGAUUACCAUCAAAAUAUUGACAAAUGUCAUCAUACCGACGGUGAUACCUUUAGAUACCGUUCUGCUUAGGAUGCUACCGGUGAUGAUAAGUAUCUAUAUGAUUUUAAGUGUGAAUUUUAUGUUGUUCGCCUGUAUUGCUAGACAUGUCGUCAAGUCCUGCAACCUCGCAAGCAGGGCUCGAGGGAAGAGGAUAGCAUCUUUAGUGUGCGUGGCUAUCUUAUGCGAUUUCAUCACUUUGAUCUACUUGUCUUCCAUUGUGAUAAACAUUAAUCUACUAUAUGUCCUAAAAUCAAUAUUCUAUUUACGAUUAAUACCACAAGCGAUCGUAGUACUGUUCAACCAGAAUUCUAGACGACUUUGGAAAUUAUACUUUCAAAUGAGAAGGUAUAGGAAUAUAGAUCUUGGGAUAGAAUUGGUAUCGCAACGAACAUAA